UAUUUGUCUAAUUGCCAAUUUAAUGAUUGAGAGAAAAACACACCCUUCCAAAUGUAAUCACAUGGAAAAAAAUGUUGUGUAAUGGAAUUACCCUGGCAUUUCUAUCUCAUGAUCACAUACACUUCACAACAGUGCGGAGAACAACAAUGACAACUUGAAGGCAGGCAGAUGUUAGUGUUGCUGCCACACCCACUGGCACUGACCCCGCCCUCGCCCCGUUCGCUCCGCCUCCACGAGGGACCGCAAUGAUUUAGAAGUUCAGGAAUCCCACGUGACGUCACCAAAGGGGUGAUGUAAUGCUUCUCUAAAUAGAUCGUAUUGUAAUCUUUCCUCAGUUCAACGUGGUUCCUUCAGAAAGUGUGCUGCAUCUUCUCCAGACUUCUGCGGUGUAUGAGGAGCCAGCGACAGUAAUGAACUCAGAGCAGGAAAGGCCGUUCGUGUGCAGUGCCCCGGGCUGCUCUCAGAGGUUCCCUACAGAAGAUCAUCUAAUGAUUCAUCGACACAAGCACGAGAUGACCCUCAAAUUCCCUUCCAUCAAAAAUGACAACAUGCUAUCAGACCAGACACCGACCCCCACACGCUUUUUGAAGAACUGUGAUGAGGUGGGUCUCUUCAGCGAGCUGGGCUGCUCCAUCGAGCAGGAGUUUUGCAAAGCUCAGGAGGAGGAGGACAGCAAACAGAAUAUCGCUCUUCAUGGGCAGGCAGGCCAUAACCAGCACCAGCAGCCACACUCGAGGAUGGCCAAUCAUGAUAGCAGUAUUGUGAUUCAACAGGCCUUGCCCUCACCUCAAUCCAGCUCGGUCAUCACUCAAGCCCCCUCCACCAACAGACAGAUCGGGCCAGUGCCUGGUUCACUUUCCUCUUUAUUGCACCUGAGGAACAGACAGCGACAGCCACUACCAGCAUCUAUGCCUGGCACACUGCCUGACCCCACUAUGCAAGGAUCGUCGGCUGUUUUAAUGCCUAUGGAGAGGCAAAUGUCUAUGGGCUCCAACAUGAUGGGCAUGCAGGGCCCCACCCACAGCAGCUCAUGCCCCUCGCCCCACAUCCCCCCCAUGCACUCUGAGGCGAAACUGAGACUGAAAGCUGCUCUCGCCCACCAUCCAGGGGGCAUGUCCAAUGGCAGCAUGAACUCCAUGGGUCACAUGAUGGAGAUGAUGUCAUCACGGCAGGAGCAGGCUACUCAUCACCACAUGCACCCUCACCAGCACAUGCAGGGUCCGCACCACGGAUACCCACACCAUGCCCACCAUCACCCCGGCCAUGCACAGAGCACCCAUCAUCACCAACAGAACCACGGGCACCACAACUCACACCCGCCCCACCUUCACCCCGCACACGGACAUCAGACCUCUCCGCACCCGAACAUGCACUCCGCUGCCUCACAGUUAUCUCCAGCUGCGCAGCAAAUGCAGCCAACGCAGACCCUUCAGUCGCCACCUCCCAGCGGAGGUCGUCGCAGACGGGUCAUGGACGAAGACCCCGACGAGCGCAGGCGAAAGUUCCUGGAGAGGAAUCGAGCAGCUGCCACGCGCUGCCGGCAAAAAAGGAAAGUGUGGGUGAUGUCUCUGGAAAAAAAAGCAGAGGAGCUCACCCAAACCAACAUGCAACUCCAGAACGAGGUCACCAUGCUGAAGAAUGAGGUAACGCAACUAAAACAGCUUUUAUUGACACACAAGGACUGUCCCAUCACAGCAAUGCAGAAAGAGUCUCAAGGUUACCUCAGUCCAGAAAGCAGUCCGGCGGGAAGCCCCACCCCUGCAACCCAGCAGCAAGUCAUCCAGCACAAUACCAUCACCACCUCCAGCACGGCACCCAAUCACCGCACAGACAUUAACCCCAUCCAUUAGCGACUCAAACCCUUACCCAAUGCGCUCCCACGCCGGACAUCCUGACUGCGGACUGUACGGACAGACACGCACCUCUGUGCCUCUAUGGCAGCUUUCUCUUCUGUAAAAUGUUUCUGUUUGUUUCGUGUUACCAUUUGAGUCAGCUAAGAAAAAGGGAAGUCUCACCCCUGUUAGGAACCUGGCUGAUGGGUUGUUGUGGCAACGUGAGCGCUACAUCUGUUCCUGGAUUACGACUGGACUACUGCCUUUACAAGCGAACAGAACACAAAUAGUAGUAGGAGCUGUGUUACGUGCUGUUUUUCCAUUGCCAAAAUGAUGCUGUUUGUAUCCCUUUUGUUUCUGUUGGGAGUUUAUAAUAAUUGCUGUCACAUUCCCCCUUUUAUCCGAUUCGAAAGUAUAAAUUAGGAAAGUCGUUCUCCAUUUGGUUAUGAUCAUGAAUGUAAACCAAAGCAAUAUGAAUCUCCGAUGCGCAUCUAAAUCUGAUUAUGCUCAACUUAUUAGCAUUUUGGAUCAUUUGAGAAGUAACAAAUGUCUGUUAUCCUACUAAAACAUAACAGCAUCGGCUCCUAAUAUGAUACAGGUCAUGUAAAUGAAAUGUUUAUAUCAAGCUGACACACAAGUUCCUGUGUGAGAUUUUGGGUUCCCCAGAGUGGUGAGGUCGCAAGUUA